ACUUUCUGCCUUUCCCGCCCGCGCCUCCUCCACCCUCCUCAUUACCUGCACUUUAUCACCGCCGGAGCGGCGGGGCGGGAGCGGUGCAGGGCCGGCGCGGCUUCCUGCGCCGCCCGGGGCUGCCCGCGGCGCUGGGGCCGCGCCGUGCGGGGGAAGGUGCGCGAGUGCUGCGCGCUGCGUGCGGGGGAGCGCCCGCCGUGUGCCUGCCUGUGGGUGGGAGCGCGGCUGGGCUGGGGCUGCGGCCGCGGAAGGCGGGCGGGCGGCGAGCGGGGCUGCGCGCCGCAGCCCGGCAGGGAUGCGGCAUGGCCGUGGGCUCCGUGAAGAUGCCGUCGCCGUGUGAGGGCGCGGAGCUGGCCCGAAGCUGGAGCCCCGGCGGCGGAGCCCAGGAGCCGCCGCCGCCGGUGCAGCUGCGGCAGAAGCUGCGGGAGCUGCCGGCGCUGCUGCGGAGCGGGCUGACCCUGCGGAGGAAAAGCGCGGCCGCCGCCGGCCGGACCCUGUCCAGAAGAAUUUCAAAUCCCUAUUUGGAAACUCCUUCAAAUAAGAUUUAUGGAGAAAGUUCUUCCUGUGCUGGGAGAGCUCUCAGGAAUAUUUUUACUCUACAAGCUUCUGACCUGAUUAAAGACAGGGUGUACCUUACUGGCAUUUGCAGGAGAAGUUGUGUUGGAUCAGAACUCGUAGACUGGCUUUUGGAGCAGUGCCCUUUUGUCAAGUGCAGAUCUACAGCAGUUGGAGUGUGGCAGCUCCUCCUGGAUAUGGGCAUUAUAUUGUCAGUGGACAGGCAACUCUAUUUUCAAGACAGUCAUGCUUUCUACCAGUUCUCAGCGGAUGAAUGUACCUACCUUUUCUGUGAAUUUGAGAAAGAGGAAGCAUGGAAGAAUGGAGUAAAGCUCCUGCUUCAACUACUGCCACUGUCUCCUCCCAGGAUUGACAUGUGCAAUCUGCCUGAUCAAAAAAUAGAAGAUGCAGCAGAAACCAAUGCUGAAAUUCUUGCUCGUCUCACUUCUGCGGUACAGAGAGAACUGGCUGCUGUCAUUGCCUUGAAAGCAAGGAAGUCAGCAAUUAAUCAGAAUGAAGAAAGCAACAGUCAAGAAAUACGAGGACUAGAAGAUCUCAAGGAUACCUCUGAUGCACAGGCAGGAGUUUUAUGCAAGCUUCAGGGAAGAGAUGACAUCGGACGGAUUGAGCUGGUCCAAAAGCUGGCGAGAGAGAACUGCCAGUUUUUGCAGGCGGAUAGAAAAGCACUGGAGAAGGCAGAACAAGCGGACGAUGGAGGCGGCGGCGAGCGGGCGCGGGAGGCGGCCGGCGCGGCGCUGGUGCUGCGGAAGGUGUGGUCACGCAGCCCGGCCCCCGAGCGGCGCGGGAGAUACGUGGUGGUGUCGGGGACGCCGGAGAAGAUUUUGGAGCAUCUCCUCAGCGACCUGCACCUGGAAGCCGCGCAGGACAAAGAGACGGAAACUCUCCUGGAUGAUUUCCUUCUCACAUACACGGUUUUCAUGACGACUGAUGACUUGUGCCAGGCCCUUCUGAGGCACUAUUGUGCCAAGAACCACCAAGGGAAAGAAGAUGACUCUGAUGUGUCCUGUAGGAAAAGAAAAGUCUUGCAUUUGGUGUCUCAGUGGACUUCUCUCUACAAAGACUGGUUACAUGAAGAUGAGCAUUUAAAACAAUUUUUAAAGACGAUAUACAGAAAUGUGUUAGAUGAUGUGUAUGAGUAUCCUGUUCUUGAGAAGGACCUGAAAGAAUUCCAGAAGAUACUUGGGAUGCAUCGCCGUCACACUGUUGAUGAGUAUUCACCUCAUCGAAAGAACAAAACCUUUUUCCACCAGUUCAGUGUAAAGGAGAACUGGCUGCAGCACAGAGGAACCGUGAAUGAAACAGAAGAAAUUUUCUGCCGUGUGUAUAUAACAGAGCACUCCUAUGUCAGUGUGAAAGCUCAAGUGUCCACUUCAGCUCAGGAGAUUCUGAAGAUUGUGGCAGAAAAGAUCCAGUACCCGGAGGAGGAGUUGGCGCUGGUGACAGUCUCCUUCUCUGGUGAAAAACAUGAGCUACAACCAAAUGAUUUGGCUAUCUCAAAAUCUUUGGAGUCAUCCAGUCGUAUGUUUGUAUACCGAAAAGAUCUGACUGAUUCUUUGAGCCCGUUUUCUGAAAAUGAGGAAUUGCAGCAAAGAUCUGUGAGGAUUUUGGGAAUUAACACCUGGGAUCUUGCCUUAGAACUAACAAACUUUGAUUGGAGCCUCUUCAAUGCAAUUCAUGAGCAAGAGCUGAUAUACUUCACGUUCAGCAGACAGGGCAGUGCUGAAAACACUGAGAAUCUCAGUCUUCUGCUUCAAAGAUGCAACGAGGUCCAGCUUUGGGUUGCCACCGAGAUACUCCUCUGUAGCCAGCUCUGCAAACGUGUACAGCUAGUGAAAAAGUUCAUCAAGAUCGCUGCCCACUGUAAAGCCCAAAGAAAUCUGAAUUCAUUCUUUGCAAUUGUUAUGGGUCUCAACACUGCAUCUGUCAGCCGGCUGUCUCAGACCUGGGAGAAAAUUCCUGGGAAGUUCAAGAAACUUUUCACUGAACUUGAAAGUUUGACGGAUCCUUCUCUGAAUCACAAAGCUUACAGAGAUGCAUUCAAGAAAAUGAAAUCUCCGAAAAUCCCCUUCAUGCCCUUACUUCUGAAAGAUGUAACAUUCAUCCAUGAAGGAAAUAAAACGUUUCUGGAUAACCUUGUUAAUUUUGAAAAGCUGCACAUGAUUGCAGACACUGUUCGGUCAUUGAGACAUUGCAGAAAUAACCAAUUUGGCAAUGAAGUUCCUUCGAAAGAGCAUCACGAGCUGAAGCCAUACAUCCACCACCUGCAUGUCAUCGACAACCAGCAAGCUCUGUUUGAGCUCUCCCACAGGAUAGAGCCGCGAGCGUGAGCGUCCACAGCUUCAUGUAACCUUGUAACUGCAGCACUUUGAAUUAAGUGAAUGUUUAUGCCAAGCAUGUUGCUUCCCUGUAUGAGAAGGGUUUACUGAGUUUUAUCAGUAGCUCACACAACAUGCGCAGGAAAAUCAGGCAAGAGCCAGCAGAGGAGCUGCUCGCAGAAUUGCAGGGCAAGCUUGGUGCCAUUCCCGCUGCUCCCUGGGACCUGAGGCAGCAGAGCAGUGUCCUUUGAGCUCAGGAGCUUGGUUUCUGUGAAAAUAUUGUUUGGUCCAGUGUAGCUUUCAAUGCAGAUUCUGCCAGUAUUAGUAAGAGAGGGAUCAUCAUGUCACAGCAGCAAAACAUUUCAGCAAGCAACAUGCCGCAAGGGGGUUCAUUCCCAGUUCACCACAGUAUGUACCUCACUAAUUCAAGGCUGCCAAAGUAUUGUUGCCAAAAAUGAUGUGCAAUCUGUGCAGCUCCCAUGAGUCCACUGGAGCAUAGCAUUUGAGAUGUGUGAGCAACCUAGAACAGGAAUAUAACAAGGCAGUGCAACCAGAUGAAACUCAAGAGUGUGUUGUGAUGUGGAGGUCAGCAGUAAACAGUUCACUUUCUUAUGGCUCCUUUAGAAUAUGCUUUAUAUAAAACACACUAUAAGAGCCAAUCCACUUCUGCUGCAAUUUAUGGACACAAUUGUUUGUGUAGUGAAAACAUGUUAUUUUCUUCCUUUUCAGUUAUCUAAGAUUUAGCACUGGCUCCCACAGUUAAUGUGUUAUAAAUUAUUAUAGCAGGAACUUUGUUUUCUGCUUGGAUUACAGCCUCUUUGGUAUCUAUUCAGAGGCAAAUGCCUAGAUGCAUCUACAUUUCUAAUUCCCCCCACUGGCAAUACCAUUUCAGGAAGUAAAACUUCACCUAAUUUGCACAUGCUUCUAGUUUUUAAAGAGCAGAAAGGUGCCCCUUACAGGGUACCGGUGUAAUUACCUGCAUACACACCAGGCUCCCAGCAUCAGGGUCCCUUUACUGCUUUUGCCCCUUUCACAGCCCUCCCCAUGACAAUUCUCAUGUAGUUAAAAGUACUGAGUCUGGGCCUGUGCUGAGGCAGCACUUCUAAUGUAAUGUCUACAGCUGACCCACAUCCCAAGCACCACCAUCACCUGGUUGCCAGUGCUAAGAAGUUGCCCUGAUAUGAUCUAGUGAAUGCCACAGGCAAUGUGCAGAGGGUGCUCCUUGGCAUGUGUUUGUGCACUGACUCACGGUGACAUCUCUUUACAGAGCAGGGAGGAUACAUUGCCUUGCUUGCCCAUCUUGUUGUAUGUUUUCCACAUGAGGAAGACUUCCCAGAAAAUGCUCCUUGACUAAAAUGUGGGAAUACUGAAGUAGCAUGCUCUUCAUAAUUGUGUUAUCUCUGGUUUAAAGGGAUUUAAAAAAAAAAAAAAAGCAGCUUUAACAAGUAGUCUGUGGGGGAAUCUGUACGAUGCAUUCAGUUUUCCCAUCUGUGAAAUAUUGUAUAGAUCUAUUGUAAAGGAAACAGAUGUUUCAGAAAUGUAUUUGCUUGUACUUUGUUAUUAUCAAAUAUUAUAUGAUUUUUUUUAAGAAAAAAAAAUUUCUUUUUACCCAGUAAAAAGAAAAAAAAAUAAACUCUUGCUGGCCAUGGAGUAAAAAUUUCCUAUGUUCUUCUGUAGAUGUGACUGCACAUAUUGUAAAUAACUUUUUUGUGCAAACAGACCAAAACUGUUCAAAUUAAGAUACUAGCUGUGGUGGGCUCCUUUUUGCAAUGUAAGAACAAAAACCAGAUACAAUUUGCUGCUUGUGUUUCUGCAGUUCUUCCUAGGGCUACAGCACUUAGAAUUCCCAACAUAGCUGCAUUACCUGGAUGCUUUCCUAGGUUUUGAGCUCCCUCUUGUGAAUUUUUUUUUUACUGUGGCGUUAUUUUUAGGAACCUGUAUGUAGACCAGCCUGCAUGCUUCAGCUUGUGUGGUGUAACACUCUAGUCCACAAAGUUGUUCUGGAAAUCUGUGAGAGAGGGAGCAUUCAGAGGUAUUCAGGGUGAGAGAGAAGGUGGGGCUGUUUCUCAGUUCACUGCAUUUGGCUCUGUGAUAGUUUUGGUAGCUACUGUGGAUGAAGCAGCUGCUGUGUUGGAGAAGAAUAAAAGACUAGAAAAUGAAAGAAGGAAACAAAAAAAAAAAGAAAAAGAAGAAA